CUGCCUGGUAAAGGGAAUAAAAAUACCUAAAUUACUUAUAAAUCACUAUAUUAUAAUAUUACCUUAGCAUCGUACAAUCGUUUAAUUUUUUAUCAUUCCCACCUUUUCAUCAGUUGUCUGUUCUUGGUGGAAAUGGACUUCCGCAAAAUACUUAAGGUUGCAGGCAUUAAAUAUUGGAAAUAAUUAAGUGCUUUUCACCCUUUACAAUAAUUUAAAAUGAUUGUUUUGUAAACUGUCGAUUGUGCAGGUAUCACGUGGAACUAUUAACGUGAUUGUACACGUUCUGAGGGGGGCUCCUUACCGUGUUGCACCGAAACCGGAAGUUGUUGGUACAUUGCUUAGGCAAAUGAAUGGACGUUUUGAUGCACUGAGGUGCCUUUGCUCACGUUUGUCAAAGAUGAAAUGAACCUUUCUGCUCAUAAGUCGACUCCACCGCUCCUGUCUUCUAAGAUCUCCCGCCUCUGCAGGUCAGGGUACCAUGGCAGCGAGGAUGAAGCUGAAGCUGAAGACCGUGUUCGUGCUCUACUUCAUGGUCUCCCUCAUGGGCCUCGUCUAUGCGCUGAUGCAGCUGGGUCAGCGCUGCGACUGCACAGAGCACGACAUGCCUAAAGACCGUACCAUAUCUCGGCUGCGGGGGGAGCUCCAUCGUUUUCAGGAGCAGAUAAGGAAGUCUGACGCGACGAAGCAACCACAGAAACAGCCCGCUAAGCCCACCAUCUUUGUCAUCACCCCAACAUAUGCAAGGCUGGUGCAGAAGGCCGAGCUGACUCGUCUGUCCCAGACCUUCCUCCAUGUUCCUCAGCUCCACUGGAUCGUUGUGGAGGACUCGCCACACAAGACGCCGCUGGUGUCUGACCUCCUGGUGAAGAGUGGCCUGGCCUACACACACCUACACAUGCCCACCGCCAAGGACCGCAAACUGCAGGAGGGUGACCCCAGCUGGCUGAAGCCCCGCGGAGUUGAGCAGCGGAAUGAGGGUCUACGGUGGCUCAGAGAGGACAGAAGGGCUCAGCCAGGAGGAGACAACCAGCAGGGAGUGGUUUACUUCGCUGACGACGAUAACACCUACAGCCUGCAGAUAUUUGAAGAGAUGAGGAGCACCCAGCGAGUGUCUGUGUGGCCGGUGGGGCUGGUCGGAGGGAUGAAAUACGAGAGGCCCGUGGUUGAAGAAGGAAAGGUGGUUCGCUUCCAUACUGGCUGGCGUCCCAGUCGCCCCUUCCCGAUGGACAUGGCCGGCUUCGCUGUGUCCCUCAAACUGGUCCUGGCCAAUCCAGAGGCCUGUUUUGACGGCGACGCACCAAUGGGCUUCCUGGAGAGCAGCUUCCUUCAGGGAUUGGUCACCAUGGACGAACUGGAGCCGAAAGCGGACAACUGCUCUAAAGUGCUGGUGUGGCACACACGGACAGAGAAACCCAAGAUGAAGAGAGAGGAGGCUCUGCAGGCUCAGGGACUUGGUUCAGACCGUGCAGUUGAGGUCUAAAGAACACACACACACACACACACACACACACACAUUGUAAAGCGUACUCUGCUGUCUAAGGCUGCAUAUAUAACUCUGUGUUGUAAAUACUGUAAAACAGAAAUAUCUGUUCGAGGUCACAUUUAAACUUAUCUGCUCUUUUGUGUGUCAGGUAGUCGAUGUACGUGUGUGUAUAUAUUGAGUGAGUGUGUUGUUACAACAGUGAACGUUAGUGUGUGUGUAUCAGGGUUUUCUUUGCUUUUAGUGACAGUGGAGGACGAGUCUGGAGUUUAAACAUUUGCCUGAUGGGGGCGCCAGUUCUUUCAUAUUUUUUUUUAACGGCAUGCAGUUCCACCACCAAUACAUGACUCCUUAAAGCUUGAGGAGCGACGCGUCUUAGUACAGAGUCCAUGCUUACCUCAUUCGUAGGGUUUCACACGUUUACUUGUGCUCAGUUUAAAUCCUGCAGCGUAACUCAUUCCUGGUGAUUAUUUUUUAUGGCUGAGCCUGAUUAGUGUCCGCAAUCAUCCACAUUGAUGCGUUUUUUAGUCACAUGUCACAACAACGUCACCAUCAUUGCAUGAUAAUAAGCUUUAUACAACCUGUCUAAUCAAAAAGUCUGCAUUUGUUAUCAAGGUAAUACUAUUGUGGAGCAAAGGUGCAUUUUUUUCCCAGUAAACAAUAUCCAUAACAUACAUGCAAACAUAUAUGCUUACAAAUUACUCACAGAAUAAUUAAGAACAAUGCUUAAAAGCUGUUGCCUUGUAUUUAUUAUGCUUUUAUUAUGAUACAGAGACGCAACAGUUCCACACCCAGUGUAGCUAAGAAAGCCCUGACUAAGGGAACAACACUACUGAAACUCGUGUAAAGCAAAACACGCAAAUACAAAACACGCUGUCCAUGUUACAUAUUCAUGCUUUAAUAAUGGCAAUAAAAAGACUUGAAUUGUUUUUACUAGGAAACCCCUGGUACUUUAAAGUAGCAGUGGUUCAAUAGCAUUGAAUGACUCGAGCUGUGCUUGAUUAUUUUCCCCUGACAUCCUCAGAAUUUGUAAGAAUAAAGAGCAACAUAACAUUAUAGCUCAAACAAGUGCUCCUUGGCUGCUGUUGUAUAAUACUGUAAAAACAGCUAGUGCCUGCUUUAGUGUGAUUAGUGCCUGUAAGUCAGUGCUCUACUGGUGUAUUAUGUAUUUAUUACUGUAAUAUUGUUCUUUACAUUAAACAAUGUGAUAAUCUCUGUCUGUCAUGAAAAUAAACCAAGAUGAUGUAAAACAUUA